UGGGGGGCAGGGGGCGGCGGCGGCGGCUGCGGGCGGGGCGGGGGAGAGUGGCCGCCGUUUGAUGGAUCCGAGGAUCGCCUGGUUUCAGCCAGAGCAGCUCGGACCCUCCAACAGUUUGUGGAUGCAGAUUUGGGAGACAACCCAGGGGCUGAGGAACCUCUACUUCAACCACCACUGUCACAGCAGCGCCACGAGCAGUAGCAGCAGCAGCAGCAGCAGUAGCAGCAGCAGCAGCGGGAGCAGCAGCAGCAGCAGCAGCGGGAGCGGCACCAGCAGCAGCAGCAGCAGCAGCAACACGGGCAGCCCCAGCGGCCCCGCCGCCGCCUCCGCCGCCGCCACCGCCGCCGCCCCAGCCGGCCCCGCCACGGCCCCCGCCGGCGGCAGCAGCAGCAGCAGCAGCGGCUCCCCAGCCGAGGGCAUGUACCGCCCCGGGGAGCGGCUCUUGGGCGGCCACGCACUGGCCCCCGAACAGCGGGACUUCCUGCCCUUAGAGACGACCAACAACAACAACAACCACCACCAGCCCGGGGCCUGGAGCCGGAGGGCUGGAGCCUCUGCUGCGGAGACCGCCGACCCCGCCGCGGGCAACAGCAACAAGAGGAAAAGGGACAACAAGGCCAGCACUUACGGACUCAACUACAGCCUGCUGAGCCCCAGCACGGCCCCGGCCUCCACUGCCGGGGUCGGGGCAGGCGGAGGGGGCGGUGGUAGGUUGGCUGGAACAGCGGGAACUGGAGGGUUGUACAGUGGUACCCCUUGGAAGAGGAGGAACUACAACCAGGGAGUCGUGGGUCUUCAUGAAGAAAUCAGUGAUUUUUAUGAGUACAUGUCUCCUAGACCUGAGGAAGAGAAAAUGCGAAUGGAAGUGGUGAAUAGGAUAGAAAAUGUUAUUAAGGAGCUUUGGCCCAGUGCUGAUGUCCAGAUAUUUGGAAGUUUUAAAACUGGAUUAUAUUUACCUACCAGUGACAUUGAUCUUGUGGUAUUUGGAAAAUGGGAGAAUUUACCCCUGUGGACCCUAGAAGAGGCUCUUCGAAAACAUAAGGUUGCAGAUGAGGAUUCUGUGAAAGUACUUGACAAAGCAACUGUACCCAUUAUUAAGCUAACAGAUUCUUUCACUGAAGUAAAAGUUGAUAUCAGCUUUAAUGUACAGAAUGGAGUGAAAGCCGCCCAACUUAUCAAAGAUUUUACCAAGAAAUAUCCUGUAUUACCUUACCUGGUUUUAGUAUUGAAACAGUUCUUAUUACAGAGGGACCUUAACGAAGUGUUCACAGGUGGAAUUGGUUCUUAUAGCCUCUUUUUAAUGGCAGUCAGUUUUCUUCAGCUGCAUCCCAGGGAAGAUGCUUGCAUACCCAAUACCAACUAUGGUGUUCUCUUAAUAGAAUUUUUUGAGUUGUAUGGACGUCACUUCAAUUAUCUCAAGACUGGCAUCCGGAUAAAGGAUGGUGGUUCAUAUGUGGCCAAAGAUGAAGUGCAGAAAAAUAUGCUGGAUGGUUACCGGCCAUCAAUGCUGUAUAUUGAAGAUCCCUUACAGCCAGGUAAUGAUGUUGGAAGGAGUUCAUAUGGUGCCAUGCAAGUGAAACAGGCUUUUGAUUAUGCAUAUGUUGUUUUGAGUCAUGCGGUAUCACCAAUAGCAAAGUACUAUCCCAACAACGAAACUGAAAGCAUAUUAGGUAGAAUAAUUAGAGUGACAGAUGAAGUGGCUACAUAUAGAGAUUGGAUAUCAAAGCAAUGGGGCUUGCAGAAUAGACCUGAACCUUCAUGCAAUGGAAACGGUGUUACCUUGAUAGUAGAUAAUCAGCAGUUAGAUAAGUGUAACAAUAAUCUAUCUGAAGAGAAUGAAUCCCUGGGAAAAUGUAGAAGUAAAACUUCGGAAUCUCUUAGUAAACACUCUUCAAACUCUUCAUCAGGUCCAGUGUCUUCCUCUUCUGCCACGCAGUCCAGUUCUAGUGAUGUUGAUUCUGAUGCAACACCAUGCAAAACAUCUAAGCAGCUGAUUUGUCGUCAGUCUACUGUGAACAGAGUGGGAUCACAAGAAGCAUCUUUGGAAUCCUCCCAAUCAGGAGGGAAAAUACAAAACAACCAAGCUCCUAAUUCAGCCAAUAGCACUAACAAAUCUCAGCAUGGAUCAGCAAGGUUAUUUCGUUCUUCCAGCAAAGGCUUCCAAGGUACAACUCAAACAAGCCAUGGCACCUUGAUGACAAACAAACAGCAUCAAGGCAAAUCAAAUAAUCAGUAUUACCAUGGCAAAAAGAGGAAACACAAGAGGGACGCAGCCCUUUCAGACCUUUGUAGAUAGUUACCAAUUUUAUGAUUGACUGUUCUUCUGUGUGCAAUGAUCUCAUGCUACACGAUAGUUUGAUAGCAACUCCUGGGAUUCAUUCAGGAGCUUCAGACUGUUCAGACGUUGAUUAGCAACUGCAUUUUUUUCCCAGCUCGCCACGGAAUGGAUCAUGAAGACUGACAACUACAAAAACAAAAAGGAAAAAAAAGGCUGCUCAUUUGAUAAGUCAUAUGCUAUACAACAGGGUCAUUUUAAGAUUUAAAAGCUUGAAUGUAAAAUAAAUAUAUAUCCCAUCAGCUUUAUGCUGAAUUGUAGGGGUAGUAUUCAGUGUGUGUAGGGGGUGGUAUAAACAAAAACUAAAAGUUUAAAAGGAGGGGGGAAGGAGAAAAAAUGUAUUUUGUGAGAAAACCAGAUUUAAAAGGUGAAAGUGAUUUGUGCAUGAUUUUUUUUAUUAUUUUUGCAUAUAUUUACCAUUUUAUUGUGUGUGUAUAUAUAUAGAAAACCAUAUUAUAGGAAAUUGACAUUUGUAAUAGUGGAUUUGUUAAUACUUUUUACAUAACAUUACUGUUUAAAUUGUAAACAGAAUUUUCUCAGGAUUAGUUUGAAAAAUAAUCUGAAUUGUCAUCUUAACAUCCAUAUGUAGGAACGUGAUUAGUUCUGUUAUUCAGAAUUUGUUUUCCUCAGCAUUGAAAUGAAUUAAUAGAACACUUGUGACCUGCUGCAAAAGUUUUUCCUCAAAAAAGAAAAGAUUUAUGGUGGCAAAUGAAGUUUAUUUUAUUUUGUAAAAUGUGUACUAUGUAUUUUUGUGUAAACACUGAAAAAACUAUAGUCAUCUCUGAUAAUUAGCUCGCAACUAUUUCCUAUAGUGCCCUUGUCUUUGGCAGUGGGCAGUUACACUACUUUGUUUUUCUUUGCAGUCUUUUUUUUCUUCCUAAAAAGGAAAAAAAAAGCCACCUGAAUGUUGUCCAUUCUUGUUGCAGUAAAAAAAAAAAACAAAAAACAAAAAACAAAACAAAAAAAAACCUCAGCUCGAGUUCUACAAACAUUUGCAUGCCAGCUUCUUUAAUCUUCGUGCUUGCGUGUACUUGUUUUUCUCAUUCUUUCUUCUUUUUUAAAUUCAUGCUAAACUUCUGUGGGAGAGAAUAACUGUUUAAGCUUUAAUGAAAUCAUACUUAUAAAACUAUUUUCUUAUACUCCACUUUAUGCUUUUGGUAUUGUUUAUCUUUAAAAAUUAAAUGGUCUUUGAUAAAGGACAUAUUUCGUAUUGCCUUAUUAAGACCAAACACUUCUUGUCAUCCCAUUCUUUAUCCUGCCCUUUUCAUUGAAUUGUUACCUUUAAUUAAAACUUUUUUAAACAUUGGCUUGUUUUAAUCAUACUGUAAAUUUAGGUUAUGGUCAAUUGAAUGCCUUGAGUGCAAAUGAGAUGUAAAAUUCUGUUAUUCACCACAUGUUGAGUUUGAAACUGAGCUGGGGAAAAAUUGAACAUAAUAGAAUGUUAAAUAGCUUUUAUGAAAAUGCUUCCUUGAAAGGGAAAAGUGCUUCUACGUUCAUCGUCAAUGUGUAUGACUAUUAUAUAAUGAAGCCAUUCCUGAGAAUGAGGAUCUUUUAUAUAUGCAUAUAUAUGUAUACGUAUAUGUAUUCAUAUUACAUGUGUGUGUGUAUAUAUAUACACAUAUACACACACACAUACACACAUAUAUAUAUACAUAUAUAUACACAUCUAUAGGCUUUUAAAAUUUUCUUUUAUAUACAGUUACAAAGUACCAGACCAACCAGACAUUAAUGGACACUAUUAGUGCAACAACUUUUUAAAUAAAAUAAUGCUAAAAUAUGACCAAAACCAAUGUCAUCACUGAAAUCAAUAUUUCAAUAUGUUAGUGUUUUACUUCAAAAAGGAAAAGUACGUUCCAAAAGAUGGAAACUCAUAACACUUACCUUGUAUAAACAGUAUAAGAGUUUUAAAUAUGAUGUUAAUUUGACAAUGUUUUAAAUUUUAGAUUCACAUUUUGUUCAGAUCAACUAAUUUUUAUCAACAGGAUGUUGAGCUUUUGUUUAUAGAAACUAGUUCAAGUCAUACCACAUGAUGCAUAAUCACAGUAUUUAUUUUGUUUUUUUUUUUUUUUUUUUUAGAUUAUUGUGAAUGUGUAGACUUUUGUUUACUGCUUAGGGAGAAAUUAUUUAUAAAAUUAUAUAAUCCAGUAUUAGCUGCUAUUAGCAAACUGUUUCAGAUAUAUAAAACUUGCAAAGAUCUGUGUUGCAUUGGCCACACUGACUUUUUUUUGUUGUUGUUGUUUUGUUUUUGUGUUUUAAAGAAUCACCCUCAUUGUUGAAAGCAAAUGUACUCUUAGGGUGCAGGUAUUAGUGUUUCAAUAAGCAUGUGAUUAUUUUAAGGUGGUGGUAGCGGGAAGAUAAUCUUGAUUCCAUUGGGAAUCUUAGGUUUGCCUCAAUUUAUGGUUUUCAUAAAUUUAUUGGAAAAAUCGCUUUUCCUGGACUGCUCAAGUUUCUUUUUGGUAAACAGUAUCUUUCUAAAAGACAAAAAAAAAAAAAAAGCAUGAAGGAAAAUUGAGGUGUGUGUUACAUUUCCUCAAAUGACCAGCAUUGUAUUCGUAAAUACUGUAUAUCUUGCAAAUCUUUAUUUAAAAAGGACAGUUGAACUGUUCAUUUUUCAAUCUGAAGUAAAAUACUUUCAAGAACUUUUAGUUUGCCUGCUCAUUUGUCUUGUACAUUUCAUCUCUGUAUUUGACUUCCGUCUAAUUCCUUUUUGAGUUUCAAUAUUUUGUGCAGAUUUUGUGACUGAAAAAAUAAAUGUUUCAUCUAAAUAUUGUAGUUCAUCAGCAUCCUUGAAACAUUUUUCUUUGCAGUAUUGUAGAACUGGAUAUUUACAAAUUAUUCCUGUUUGUGUCAUCAAAAGUUUAUUUUUGUUGAUUGUGUUUGUGCUUCAUGUGUGUCUAGCUGCAUUUAAAAUUUUAAUAGAAAUGAGAUAAUGGUUCUUUGAAGUGCUGAAGCAUCAAGAAUUAUAAAUAUAGAUUUUGGAUGAUUAUAUUUUGCUAUUGCUUAAAGGCUGUUUAUACACUUUAAAGAAUUCAGUUAAAGUGUCAAUAUUUGCAAAGGAUGAAGAGACCAGGUGUUCUGCUUUGGAGAGAUAUAUUGCAUUUGGUUUCUAUCAUAGGUUGUUAGAGUUAUAAAACCUACUGGUUUUAUGUCUAGCUGUCUUUGAACCCUCCCAAAGGGUUGAAUGUCUAUUUGUGCCUCUUUGAUUUGCUUUCUAGUUGCUUGCUCCUCUUUGAGCUUGCUCCUGAGAUUUAGGCUUCAUUUGCUUGGGUUCCAUUUUUCCUCAACUAAGUCUUCAUGGUUCAUCAGAGCAAAGCAUGGGCAAGGAAGACUUUCCUUUUUCUCUUUCCUUUGGGGCUUUAUAUUACAAUGGGUUUUCUUCCCACCCUCCUAUCCCACCCUUACCUUCCCAGCCUCAGUAAUGGUAAGUGUUAUACUUCCCUAAUCUAUGAACUAGUUUUUGGGUUAUAAAUUAAUGUGACCUGUAAAUAGCAGAACCAUAGUGCUGUGAUUUGUUCUUUGCAAGAGCCUUUAUAACUAGGAUGACCAGGGUAAUUUUAUUGAUGUUGUGUUGAAAUGUUCAGAAACCAUUAUUAAUAGGUUUCUGUAAGUUUUGUUGGUAUUUCCAUUAUUUAUGAUGAUAUCCUGUUAAUUGUUUUAAAUUUGAUCCACAGUUGGAAACUUAUGGUUGCCUUCAAUUAUAGCAUGCUAUUGAUUUUUAAAAAUCACUUUGAUAUUAAAAAAUAAGGGGGAAAAUUCAGUUAUAACUAGGGAAUGUUCCUAGGAAAAUGGAUAUUUCUGAACUAAAUUUUUAAAAAUUAAUGUCAGACUUUUUUCUUCUAAUAAUUUCAAAUUUCCAACCUGAUAAAUCAUAAAAAUGGUUAAAGCAACAACCAGAAAAACUUGCUAUUUCCUCUCAUUGACCAGCUCUGUUAACUGUGUAUGAGUGGAAAGCAUAGUUCUCCUGAUUAUCAAUUUUAUAUACUGAUAGCCAGGACUUCAUGAAUGGCUGGUGCACAUUUAUUUGAAUAGGAAAAAGUCAAAUUAAAAUUUUGCAUUGCAGUUUUUGCCAGUGAAGUAAUUGAUUUAGUGAAACAUUUCAGUAAUAAUGUAGCAUAAAUAUUGAAACAAAUAUUUGUAUAAGUGUUUCAUUGAAAAUACUGUGUUUGCUUUUCCUCAGGUUCUAAACCUUUACUUUGAGAUUUAGAUCACUCUUCAGUCUGACAGAAAUGGAAGUUUUGUGGAAAAUAAGUGUUUAAAAUUGUAAUAAGCUGUUUGAUUUAACAUAACCAAGGAACAAGCCAGAUUUCACUGUGAAAGUUACUUAUAUGGUUAACAACUUUGUUUCUCUAUGAUGUCUUUUUUCUUAUUGAUAGUAUUAAAUGUUUUUAAUACUGUUGUCAGAGCUAGGUCUUAUAAGCUUUUCAACUUACCUUCAAACCUCAAACAACAGAUUAAUCAAUUUUUUUCCAUCAGAGAGAGUGAUCCAAAUAUAGGUCAAAACUGUUAUUAGCAAGAAAGCCUUAUUUUUUAUAGGCUGGUUUGGAUAAAAUACCUAGAGCCUAAUAUCAAAAACUAAAAAUUCUUUUAGUAAUGUCUGAUAUUUUGUUUCCCCGAUCUCUUUUUUAAAGCAUUUUAGCUUUUAAGGUUUGUACUUUAAAGUGCGUGCCUUAGUAUUGCUUAAAAUGGCCCAUGGUUCAAAACCUCUGAUCUAGAGCUAUAGGAAGAACUAAAAUGCUAGUGACAGUGAGUGGUCACCUUGCUGUUGUUGCUUCAGCAAGCAUGGGCUUGUUUGUAAUUUGCUGAAAGAAGUUGUAGCUGUAUGAAUGAAUCCCAAACAGGUACUUUAUUGGGGGUAGUGUGAAAACUAGGUGUCCUCUUAAUUUGUGUAUCCGAGUCAAAGUUUCUAUUUCAAGUGAUUAUCUGUGUAUCUGUAUUCAUCUCAAGACCUAAAAUGUCAAAUAAAAUCCUUGCAGAUCCAUA